AUGGAAGAUCAAACUGAAACAAAAGAGAAUGAUGGAGAGGUAAAUGAAAAUGAGAAUGAUGAAGAGAAAAACGAUGAGGAGACUGAAGAAACAAAUAAUGAUGUUGAGACUAGUAGAAAAAUGAAACAAAUCAAAAUCUGUUGGAUAAAAUUUGUUGAAAACAUUGUGGAUAAUGUCAUUGGCAUUGAAUUUUCAAAUUUAAAUAGUCAAGAAGAUGAAAUCUGGAAUGACCCUGAAAUGAAAACUAUUUUGGAUAAUAAUGAUAUAGGGUCAACAAUGACUGGAAUUAAAACUAAUACUCCGAUUAGUCAAGUUAUUCAAGGCAAGGGAAAGUCUGAAGAUGAAAAAGAAGAAGAAGAAGAAUAA